ACCCCUCGGUUUCUGUGAAUGUCAUCCGUGUUUUGAGCCCGUUUGUUUGGACGCGCGGUGUGUUCGUACAAUCCCGCUACCUCGACGUGGGGCUGCCGGUUUUCCUGCUGUUACGGCACCAAAUCGCUUCCUUGGAAGGCGUUUUUUAUUUUGCAUUUGCGCCUGCUUCCUCGUUGUGUAGCGCCUUAUACACAGGUGGGAAAGCACGGUAUAAAACUGAAGACUGUAGGAGUGCCGAACGCUACCACAAUUUUUUAUUUUUUUUUUUUAAAGUACUUGUAACAGGAAGCAGGAUAAAGUUUGGCGUAAAUCUUCUCGACCCGGUAUCAGGAGUUGAAAUGACAUAGAAGAGUCUUUGAAGCGCUGACUACAAAAUGAGCUCCUUCCACUUGAUGCUGAAAGGAGCUUCAACAAGAUGUCUUGGAUAAUGAGCUUUUCUUAAAGGUAAGCUGAAACUCCAAGAAUGAUGAUCAGCUUAUUGGCAAGAUACAGGAAAGCCAUGUACAAGGCAACUAAAUAAAGACUAUGGUAUGAGUGCUUUGUCAGAUAAACUGUCCAAAAGAAGUACGUACUUGGAGGCUGUUACAUAAAAGUGUUGAACUCUGCUCUGUGUGUCCCUUCCUACUAGCCCAACACUUCUGCGAAUGAAAUGUUUCAAAAGAAGUAGCUCGUGUGGCUUAUUUGUCACUAAAGCGAACUACAUGGGAUAUAAAAAUGACUAAUGCUUCGCCUUAUUUAUUUAAGAAGUAAAGCAGGGUGCAGAGGACAGUGCAGCUUGGACACUCCACUAAUGGAAAAAUAUUCUUUGCAGCAAAAGAUGACAACUACACUUUUGCUCAUUGGUUGUCUUGUUCUACUGAUACCUCUGCUCAGUGCUGAAGAAUGCAUUAUUUGUGAUUACUUUGUGCUUGUUGGAGAGCCUACUGCUAUUAGUUGCCCAAUAAUUACAUUGCCAGUGCUUCACUCUGACUACAAUCUGACGUGGUAUAAAAAUGGUAGUGCUACACCAGUAACCACAGAGAGGGACGCCAGGAUCCAUCAGCGAGAGGGCUUGCUUUGGUUUAUUCCUGCAACACUGGAAGAUUCUGGACUUUAUGAAUGUGAUGUAAGGAGCCUUAACCACUCUGACAAAAAAACUAUAAAUUUAACAGUUUUUAAGAACGAUAACAGCUUGUGUUUUAACGGAAAAAUGAAGUUUGAACAAAAAGUGAUGAGCACAAAAACUGGAAAGAUUAUAUGCCCUGAUCUAGAACAUUUUAAAGAUGAAGACAAUAAUCAGCCCGAAGUAUACUGGUAUAAGGAGUGUAAGGCUGGUUUUCUUGAAGACAAGCGACUUCUUUUGGCAGAAGGUGAGAAUUCUGUCUUGAUUCACAAUGUAACUGUACAAGACAGAGGAAACUACACAUGCCGUAUGGUGUACACAUAUAUGGGAAAACAAUAUAAUGUUUCACGAACCAUAAAUCUAGAGGUUAAAGAAGGACCACUGCAGGUGAGACCAGAGUUUGUUUAUCCGAAGAAUAAUACAAUUGAAGUAGAACUUGGCUCUCAUGUAGUUAUGGAAUGUAAUAUAUCAAGUGGCAUAAAUGGCUUGAUUCCAUUCUGGCAAGUUAAUGAUAAGGAUGUUGAUAGCUUUGAUAGCACCUACAGGGAACAGUUUUAUGAAGAGGUGACAUCUCAUGGACUUGCUGUAUCUGGAACAAAAUUUAACAUUUCACAUGUGAAAGUAAAGGAUUAUGCUCAUAAGUUUUUCUGUCACUUCAUAUAUGGUUCUCAAGAAUUUGCAGCCUACAUCAAAUUGGAACGCCCAGCUCGGAACAUUCAGGGUUUCUUAAUUGGAGGAGGAGUUUCUUUGGUAUUUUUAGUAUUUUUUACUCUUUUUAUCUACAAGAUCUUCAAAGUUGAUAUUGUGCUUUGGUACCGGGACUCGUGCCAUCCUUUCUUGGGUAAAAAAGUUUCAGAUGAAAAGAUCUAUGAUGCUUAUGUUCUGUAUCCAAAGAACAGAGAGAGCUGCUUGUAUUCAUCAAAUAUUUUUGCUCUGAAGAUACUGCCAGAGGUCUUAGAAAGACAAUGUGGAUAUAACCUCUUCAUAUUUGGGAGGGAUGAUUUACCAGGAGAAGCUGUGAUCAGCGUUGCUGAUGAAAAAAUCCAUCAAAGUAGAAGAGUGAUAAUUGUUUUAGUACCAGAACCCUCCUGCUCCAGUGUUAUAGAAGAUGUGUAUGAAAAGCAGCUAGCCAUGCAUAAUGCUCUUAUCCAAGGAGGCAUUAAAGUAAUUCUCAUUGAACUUGAGAAAAUACAAGAUUACACAAACAUGCCAGAAGCCAUCAAAUAUAUUAAGCAAAAGCACGGGGCUAUCCGGUGGAAAGGGGACUUCUCAGAAAGGUCUCACUCAGCAAGUACCAGAUUCUGGAAGAAAGUGCGCUACCACAUGCCAUCCAGAAAAAGUGCAUCUUCGUCAGGAUUGCAUUUGUUACCGAAAAACUUUAAUUCUUCCUAAAAAAACAACAGAAAAAUGACACUUAUUGACUAACUCAGUUCACAUAGUUGGUGAUGGACUGAUUGAAAGUCACAUGUAUCUGUUUUGUGCAGACAAUCUCAUCCACAUUUUCUGGAUUGAAGGUACUACAGUUUCUUCUACAGAUGUGAAUCAUCCUUCCUUGGGCCAGAUCAGCAUAACACCUUGUAAUGUCGUCAGUGGCACAGUGAUGACAUGGAAACCGUGUAGGAAGCACAUGAGGCCUUUUCCAAAAAUUGCACUGUGAUUUGGUGGAAUUCUUUUGGUAUUAUAAAUGGAGGGGAAAAAACCCCAACCUAUCAAAAAAACAGAAAACUUGUGUUUUGCAAUUAAAGGUUGAAUAUGAAGGGAACUGUAAUAAUUACAAUUGUGAUAUUAUGUAAUGGGUAUGGCUGAUGCCAGUGAAUGUUUUUGUUUCAAUUUUUUUUAAUGAAAUGACAGAAACCUUUUAUUUGUUACAAGUUUGUUAUUUGCUGCCUUGUUGAGUUUGCUGAAAGAGAAACCUCUUACUGCAUCAGUGUGUUAUCGUCCAAUAGAAAAGGUAAGAGACAAUCUGAGCCCCCGAAAUGUGAUACUGAACCUGACAAAGCAUAAAUACUCUUCCUUCAUCUUCUUUACAUUUUAAAGAACUGCACUAUUUUUAGUCACUUAUCCCAUGCAGACAUCGUAAAUACACCAUUGUAACGCUGUACUGAGUCAAAAAAAAUUAAUCUCAAAAGGAUUUUUUUUUCCCAGUUAAGUGGCUUAAUAUAUUUGUCCUUACUACCUAAGUGGAACAAUUUAGCUAAUGAUACAGACUCUCGUGGGGAGUACAGGAUGGUUGGCUUCAUCCCCAUCAACCUUGAGGACCGGAUCAAGGGGCUUCAGGGCACCUGCUUCUUGUGGGUUGCUGUUGCUGAAGGAGAGCAGGUCUCAGCCAGGGUGCUGGUCCUAGCAUUUGUUGGCUCUGAGAGCUGAACCUGGCUGAACAGACUGAUGCGGCAGAAAUCGUUCUUUUCCUUGGGAUAGUUUUCUCCCAGAUUAGUGAGUUUAUCUGGUUCCCAGAGGGUUCAGAGUGCAAUGGGAGAAGAAAAGGAGUAGGGGGACCAUGCUUUUGGGCUACAGGUGUGUUUAGAAAAUAGAGCUAAAACAGGAUAGGCUUCUCUCUUGCAGAACCUUUUGCUCUCUCCCAUUCAGAUUCUAGCCUGUCUCUUCCCAUGCAGCUCCCUUAUCUUGGAACAAGCACUUUACUAUCGCAUCAAACUCCAUUACUUUCCAAGCUUUGCAGGCUGUUGCUAAUACAGUAUUAGGCAGAAAUUUUCCCUUUGAGUUGGUCCUUUGAUAUCUCCACUUUUUCAUCAGAAAAAACAUCAUGUUCUGUAUCCUUCAGAAUUCAUCUACUCAUUUUGACACUGCAGUGUGGGCUCUUUCUUCUUUCAUGGCUGAGGCACUUACCAUGUUACGCCUCCAUCCUCAGCCAAACAAAACUGAUGGUGUGAGGUGCCGUCCCAUGGAAGAACUGCCCAGUGAACGUGGGAUAGUGUGACCCUUGUGUUCUGCCUGAUAAGUGAUAAAACUAGUGGAAAUAGGUUCCUCUCCCACCUAAAGUGCUUUGCUUACCUCAGUGUGUGCUGGAAAUUUGAAACUGCUUCUUAGAGACAGUGCCUUCUGAGCUUUGUGAGUUGAGUGUGUGUUUGGCCAGAAUGGAAUAAGAAUAUCUUCAUUUCAGGUUACGAGGGGGGAAAAAGUGCAUUUGAAACAUCAGACUAUUUCAAACUGUCAUGGUACUGGGAUGUUUUUUUGAUGAAUGUCAUGUACAUAGACCAAUGCACACGCUUACAUUCUGUUCUCAUUCUGUGUUUUAAUCAAGACUGAAGUGUCGAGGGAGGGACAGUUUGGGUCAUGAAGUGCCAUGUUCACUUAGCUGUGCCACACAGCUUUUAAAUACCGUGUGGGUUUGGUGGUAGCCUGUUGUACGGUGAGAGCGCCUUGAGAUUCAUAUGAAGUGACUGAUGUCCAUCUGAGCAAGGUGAACUGUUAGGGUUCACAUUGAUAGAAGAAUUUAGUGGGACAGAAGCUGUACAGUUUGGUCACAGAACUCUUCUGUAAGAAGAUCCCUAUAUCAAAUGUGAAGACUAGACACUGGAAGUAUGGUAUUUGUACUCUGAGGACUAGGGUGCAAUACUGACUUUGUGCUUCCACCUUGACAGCUCGUAGUAUGCAGGCCAGCCAACGGAGUUCCGGCGACCUCAGGCCUCCUGAACUGUUUUUUUGCUGACUGGAAUAGACUGUAUGAAAAACUGCUACUUGUUAUCCCUACUUUUGGUGGAAAGUUAUUUUACUGAGCCAAAAUACUGUUUUUAAAAAAUAUUUGUUCCUUUUGAUAUAUUUAUACAACCAAUGUUAAAGUUUUCAUGUGUGUUACGUAAAGACAAUUUGAAGAAAGGUCCAUUUCUUAAUUCAAUAAAGCACUACAUACUUUUUUCUUA